UCAUAAAACCUCGAAUGUUCAAGAAAGAGGUUUAUGAGAGGGUGCUCCCCGAACACCGGAGAAGUUUUCUUUCAGAGUGAGCAACUCAGCACAUGCAAUGGAGUUUCCUUCUUCCUCCAUCUUCUCCCCUCGCCCCUCAGACGACACCGUUUUCUACGCCAUAUACCCUGACUGCCCCACCGCUACAGCCACCGCCACCGCCACCGCCACCGCCACCGCGACGCUCCACUCCCUCCAUCUCCAAAUCCUCCAAACAAUAUCCCCCUUCACCCAAGACUACAUCUGGCAGCACCAACCCUUCACUCUCUCCGUUUCGACUCCCCCCAAUCCCUCUUGCCCCUGCUCCUCCUCAUCCAACCUCCCCCACCUCCACGGCCACCUCCGCUACGGUGACAACCUCGACGACGAGUGGUUUGCCGUCUUCCUCCUUUUCCAAAUCUCCAUCCGCUUCCCCUCCCUUUCCCUCCGCCUCUGGGACUCCGACGGCGACUUCCUCCUCAUUGAGGCCGCCUUCCACCUCCCUCGUUGGCUUAACCCCGACAGCUCUCAUCACCGCCUCUUUCUCCGACUUGGAAACCUGCACAUCGUUCCCCGCGACCGCCUUCCCCACCCCUCCCUCGUCGACUCCCUCGCCUUCGUUGCCAAUUCCGGCCACGAAUCCCUCGCCUCCGACGCAAUCCAGCGAGCCGUGAAGAAACGCAUCGAGGACUAUCCCGAGCGCGCCAGGAGGAACAUGCAUAAGGUUAGGGUUAGGGUUCCGGUAUCCGUGGCUCGGGUUCUGAAGCACGAGCCGCGAUUGAUUUCACUUGCGGUGGAGGGGUUCUACGACAGGGAUGUAGACACGAUGAAAUUCGCAGCGAGUAUGGAGAGGUUCGUGGAGAGAGGGGCAACAGAGGAGUUAGUCUGCGUUUCGGUGACGAUGUCGAGGGCGAUGUACGCGCAGUUUGUGCAGCAGCGGUUUCAGGCUCCGAAGUGUUACCCGACGAUGCCGUGUCGGGUUGAGAGGGAGGGGUUUGUGGAGGCGGAGCUGGGGAUGAAGAUAGCGUGUGGAUUGGAGAUGAUGUAUCAGCAGCGGAAGCGUGAUGGGGUGGAAGGGCAAGGGAGCACUUGGGAGGCGUUUAGAAAGAGCUUGGAGAACAGUGGCUACUUCCAAGGGCUACUUCCGGGUUCCUCUGAGUAUCAGAGAUUGGUGCAGAGUGCUCAAGAGUAUUAUAGGAAUACUUCUCUCCAUUCCCAGGCCAGUGAGUUGAUGAAUGCUCCUGUUAGACGUAUAGAUGAAAUUCUUGCUCUGCCCCACUCAGUGGACGAUUUUAGGGAUCAAGAGGUUCCUCCAUCUGAUGAUGAUUCCUGGCUUUAUGGCGGAGAGGAAGAAUUGAACUCUGUUCUUAUGGAAAGACAAAAGGAGAUGGAGCUAUAUGACUUAAAACACAAAAAGAAAGGGAAAGCAAAAGAGGAUCAAGAUACUAGUCCAUCAUCUGCUUUGAAUGCUGACGAGUUUGAUCCUGGAGAUAUAGCAAAGACCAUGCAGUCAUUUGUCCAUAAGUUGUCAAGUUACAAGGGUGCUGAAGCUCCUGAGGACAGGAAUAUGGAAGUGGACAUUGAUGUAGACCAAUUUAUUAAAGACAUGGGAUCAAUAAUGAAGUAUUCAGACAAUGAAGCUGCCAACGGCAAUAUUGAAGAAGGAUCAUCCUCUGACCCGGACUUUGAUGAUUCUGAGAGUGAUGUGGGAGAGCUGGGGGAGGACGAUGAUGAUACUUUCUUGCGGAGCUAUUCUGACGCUAUGAAUGAAGAACUAAAGGCAACCACCCUUCAGAAAAGUUUUGUUCGUGCUAAUGAACAGAUUCCAGAGAAUCAGGGAACAUCUAAUGCAUCAGAACAUAAUAUGGACGAUGAUUUUUCUCCUGUAGAUGUGGAUGUAAAUUUAGUAAAAAGCAUUCUUGAUUCCCUUUCUUCCCAACAAGGCCUUCCUGGUCCUGCUUCUAAUUUGCUCGGCCUCAUGGGGGUGCAGUUACCACAAGAUACAAAGAAGGGCAAUUGAAGAUACUGAAAUAUUUAUCUGGGUUUAAGUUUUGGGAUUCUUCAAUGAUAUUCAUCUGGAUGGCAUGUUUCCCAACCUGCUUACUAUCCUUUAUUUUUUUCACGUUGGGUAUGAACCUGCUUAGCAGAGGGCAAUGGGAAUGCUUGCUAGUAAUGGUGUAACUUCACCAGGUUUUGGCACUUGACAAGGGAGGGCUUGCCUCCAGAGAAAAGCAAGAUAACGUUCAUCUGUAGCUUGUUUAUUGGAUGUAACAGGUAACAGGUGGCUAAGUCUACCAAAUUGGGAAUUGGCUUACAAUGUUACAUGGCAAAUUUAUUUUUUAUACUUUUGGUUUUUGUCAUCCACUAUUGACAGUUGUUGAUUCCUUUGUUCCUUCUUUUAGGGUUUAGUGAGUAUCAUCCAAUACUGUUCUAGUCA